UUCACAGCUCUGUUGUCUUUCAUUACAAUUCAUUUGAAUUGAUUUAAGUCUUAUUUAUGUGGGUAAUCUCAACCGCCCAAAAUAUAUCAUUUCCCCAUGCGGCUGGUUCAUCUAGAAGCACAACCUGUACCCUAUUGCAUGGUAAGCCAGCAGUCUUUAUUCCAGGCUCCUGUGCACUUGGCUGAAGAUUGGAGUCACACAUCUCUCAUUUACAGAUACAAGGAGUUCCUUCAAACCACGGUGAUAGGGAUUGCAGUUGGAGAUGUUGAGUACAACUGGGAUCUUCACAAUGAAGAGCAAACAGAUUUGGUGGCGUAUAUGAGUCGGUUGUUUAUGGCUGUUGAGGAUGUCUUUCGGCAGGAGGGGAAGGAGAACAUGCUGACUCGCGGUGUACGUCAUGUGAGUAUGGGAAACGUGAUGAACAAAAAACCGUCAAUAUUGACACCAAAAGACCCAAGACAUGCUGACGCUCCUUCGCUCGAAUUUGACGCUGUCAACAGUGGGAUCGAGGAACUGAAAGGGAAAUACUGGAGAAUACUUUAUGAAAGGAUUGGCAGCCUGCUUAUUCAUGCCAUCAAACACACGAGCAUCUUUGUGUCUGUAGAAGAGGAGAACCUCAUCCAGAUCACUGGGAAGCCACUGGAUAUACUUACGAUCGAAAAGAAGCGACAUCUGAAGGAGUUGAGAAGUGGAUAUCGGUACCAGUUAGUGGUGAAACCGACCCACAUCUAUGGCACAGACCUGCGAGAAGCCUUUCCCAAUGCCUUUAUACGGAAGGCUCCAGAUCCUGAGACAGUCCACAAAAUGUUGAUGAGGGUUUUAAUGAUGCGUGUUCAGGAUCAUAAGCCCUUCAAUGAAGCCAAGCUUGAGGUGUCGGGCCAUGACCAGCUGGUGGCCUGUCUCAUUCUCCUACUCAAGAAACACAGGAAAAUGGAGAAGAAAUUUAAAUUCCUUGUCCGAUCACGAUUUCCGAUGCCAGAUCUGGCCAAGGCAGGCCCUGAGGCCCUGGUUCAGUCCUUCCACAGAGAAGACAAGAUCCACUCCUUCGUCACACGUUGUCUCCAUGGUGUACUACCAACAGAACUAUUGGGUUCCUCACAAAACCUGAGCAGCUUUCUCAGAAAUCUGAAAAAAAUGCUGAACAGGAAGAAGUAUGAGCAGUUCACUUUGGGAGAACUUCUCAAGGACAUCAAGGUAUCUAAGAUGUAUUGGAUGAGACAGUAUGAGAGUGAGGUGGAGAAGACUGCGAUGGUUGCCAAGGUGUUGCGAUGGCUGCUGGCUUAUUGUAUGGCUCUUAUUGAGGGUUAUUUCUAUGUGACGGACACAUCAGUGCGAAGUAUCCCUGGUGUGUAUGUCUACUACAGGAAGCCAGUGUGGGCGAUCUUGAUCAAAAUGGGAGUUAAAGAUUGUAUCGAACGUGGUCUCAUCGCGCCUGUUUCAAAGGACUCGACCCAGCGACAGUUGCUAAGGACGUCAUGUGUCCGAUUUGUCCCAAAGCAAAAUACCGUUCGUCCAAUCCAGAUGAUGGGACAGAAGAUCAAUAAGGUGUCUGUCAACAUGCAGCUAAUCCCUGUGAAGGAUGCCAUUGGUUGGGUGCUGUCCAAAGAAGCGGCGACUAUCCCUCAUCAGACAUUCGCCACGUAUGCUGACAAGAUCGCAUCAAUGGAACAAAGACCGAGGUUGUACUACAUCAAUCUUGAUAUCAAGAACUGUUUUGAUAAUCUGAAUGCAGGGGAACUUUACAGGACUGUCAUCAACAAAUUGAAGGAUGUUCCAAGUGAGACCUUGUACACGAGGAAGGUGGUAAUAACGCGGCCACAUCGCGGUACCUCCAAUAUCCUUAGGAAGAUGAGUGCAGAGGGCGAGUUCCAUGGCAUCAAGGGAUACGUUGCUUCCUUGGCAAAACAUCAUCAGUUUAGAAAGGUUGUCUUUGUUGAUAAGAUGUUGAACCAACCAAGGAAAACUAAAGAUAUCUGUCGUCUGCUCGAUAGCCAUCUCAACAGUAACCAAAUAAAGUUCCAUCCCAAUGGCCAGGUGUACAUGCAGACGCAGGGUGUGAGCCAAGGAUCAGUGGCAGCAGGUAAUCUGUGUGAGCUAGCGUUCAGGAAGCUGGAGGAAGAGUUUCAGUUCAACGAGUCUGAGUUCUACCAGCGACACGUGGACGAUGUGCUCUUCAUCAGCCCAGAGCGCAGGAGGAUCAGGAGACUGUUCAGACUCUUCCAUUGCAGGACAACAGGUCAAGGGCCUUGUAACGUUAGUGUCAAUCUUGGAAAGAGUUUGACGAAUUGUCCAGGAAUUCCAGUGAGGUAUAUUGACAAUGAUACUGUGACCUCUGUUGGCAUUGUGUUUGACCUUGAAACCUUGACCGUGCAACCUCAAGAUAUAUGUGGUGGAGUGUCAGUAGAUAGGUAUACCAUCUGCAGUCGACAGAGGCCUGGCCAGGUCAUCAGGUCAAAGCUCAUCAAGUUAGUAUUCGAUGGCAUCAUGUCAAACAAAGUGAAGGCUGUUUUCUACCAGUUGCCUUUCAACACAGAGGCGAUGAUAAUCAGGAAGGCACAUGCCACCUUCACCUGUCUUGUCAUACUGUGGAAAGGAUUCAGUAGAAAACUUGGAUUCAAUUUCGACCAGAAUAUCAAGCAAUCAGUAGGUCUCUUCCGGUCUCUUUACCGUAUCUUCUUUACUUACGCUACCCUCCGACUGAGAAAGUUGAGUAAAGGAGACUUUCCCCUCACAAAAGACCAAGUUGGAUGGCUAUGGGCAGAUGUAGUCCGGGAGAGUCUGAAAACAUCUUGGAAAACCUGUCCUAAAUUCUACGGGCUGGUCAGGAGCGAAAGCCGAAGUAUUGGGAAGAGAGUGGGUAUUGUGGAUGUGAGGAAGUUUCAGGAUAUACUGGACAAAAGGAGUUAAGGAAUACGCUCUCUUUCGUUACUGGAAGAAUCAAUGAAACUGGUGCUUUUGUGGAAUUGUGGACUCUGACUUUGUUGUGUGGCACAACUCUUGGUUGUCAGGACAAUCACCUGAGGAUUCGAUAUCUCUUUGAGUGAUGCUCACUCAAACACUUGGUUCUUGGUAUUGUCUGUGAUCUGGUCAGUGAGGUCGUUCUGGGGCCGUUGGAUUAUUGUACAACAGGACUAAAUGGAAUCAUUGUUAAUGAAGAGGUUUUCUCAACAGUGGAUGAUAGUUUACGGUAUAUCAAGCAUUGAAAAAUGAAACUUUUUAUACUAAAAUGUAUUUAUUAACCAUGAUGCUACAUACAUAUCAUUGUAACUUUAACAUCUUCAUAGUCAGACCCUUAUGAAGUUAGCUAAUGUGUGUGGUGUGAAGGUUGUUGUACAGAUACUCAGCCAGUAGUUAAAUGACUUCAGUUUCUUGCUUUGCACUACACCAUUAGGGUCUGUACAGCAGGCUGGUACCAAGCCCUGACUAGAGACCAUGGCUGACCUUCAUUUGAGGACCUUGUUGAGUUUUAACCCUUUGAAAAUCUCCUUCUCUUCAAAAGUACAUGAGAAGAGUUGCAGGCCUAGCCAUGGCAUGAAAGUCGUUAAAGUUUUUUGUUUGAUCGUUAUUUUUUUCCUAUAAAAAUUACAGUUAUUAUGACAAAUGACUACAUACAUGUAAACCACUUGGUUAUGUAUACAUUGGAAAUAAUAACAAGCCAUUUUACAGUGAUCUUCAUUGUCAUGACAAUAAUGGAAGUGGUCACCAUGAAUACAUAAAGCUUCAUUACGAAUGUAAAAAGGUGGGCUUAUUCUACAUUUAGUUACUGUCCAUGUCAAUGAACAUGGUAUGAGUAAUGAUGUGGUUGGCCUACUAUCAUGAUUGGCUGAUCUCAUACCUGGAGGAACUGGUCUAAUCAUUGAAAUGAAUUCACAUGUUUACACACUGUUGUAGUAACGGUGCUGAAAGUGCACACGUUAUGUUGGCUUAAGAUGUAUUUUCAUAAAAUA